AGCCCUCGUCCUCCAUCUAUCCCUGCCGCCUCCAUUGCCUCCUGAACGGCGGCCCUCUGUCCCCUCCCCUCCUAAAACCUCCUUCCCCCGCGCCGCCCGCACGAGCGCUCGCGUCCACCAACCGGCCUUACCCGCUCGUGCGUAAGCGCGCGCGUGGACGCGGUCAGGGUAGGAGGCGGCGGCGGCUUGGGAUUUGUCUGGCCCGAGAUUUCCGGGCGAGAUGAAGUACGUGCUGGUCACCGGCGGGGUGCUGAGCGGGCUUGGCAAGGGCGUUACGGCCAGCAGCAUCGGUGUCGUCCUCAAGGCGUGCGGCCUUCGCAUUACGUCUAUCAAGAUCGAUCCUUACCUUAACAUUGAUGCUGGGACUAUGUCCCCAUUUGAACAUGGUGAAGUAUUCGUGUUGGAUGAUGGUGGCGAGGUGGACUUGGAUCUGGGGAAUUAUGAGAGGUUUCUUGACAUUAAAUUGACUCGGGACAAUAAUAUAACCACCGGAAAGAUUUAUCAGUCUGUACUUGAGAAGGAGAGAAAGGGCGAAUACUUGGGAAAGACUGUCCAGGUUGUGCCACACAUCACAAAUGCCAUACAAGAGUGGAUCGAGCGUAUUGCUAUGAUACCAGUGGAUGGCAAGGAGGGACCAGCUGAUGUCUGUGUGAUAGAACUGGGAGGCACUAUAGGUGAUAUUGAAUCGAUGCCAUUUAUUGAAGCUUUGGGUCAAUUCUCUUAUCGUGUUGGUCCUGGGAACUUCUGUUUGGUGCAUGUCAGUCUGGUUCCAGUUCUGAAUGUUGUUGGUGAACAGAAAACAAAGCCAACUCAACAUAGUGUGCGUGGCUUAAGGGGACUCGGGCUCACCCCAAAUAUUUUAGCUUGCCGCAGUACAAAGGAAUUGGAAGAUAAUGUGAAGGAAAAACUCUCCCAGUUCUGCCAUGUGCCGGCAACAAACAUUGUCUCUUUGUAUGAUGUUUCCAAUAUCUGGCACAUUCCUUUGCUGCUAUGGGACCAAAAGGCACAUGAGGCUAUUCUUAAAGAUCUGAACCUUGAAAGUUUUGCUCGGGAGCCAAAGUUAGACGAAUGGAUCGCAAGAGCUACUAUAUUUGAUGCCCUUCAAGACACUGUGAGGAUCGCUAUGGUCGGGAAGUACACUGGCUUAUCAGAUUCAUACCUCUCUGUGUUGAAAGCCCUCUUGCAUGCUUCUGUUAAUUGUCGCAGGAAGCUUGUUAUUGAUUGGGUUGCUUCUACGGAUCUUGAGGACUCCACUGCCAUUGAGGCACCUGAUUCGUAUGAAACAGCCUGGAAUUUAUUGAGGGGGGCAGAUGGAAUUUUAGUACCUGGUGGCUUUGGUGACAGAGGUGUUCAAGGGAAAAUUCUGGCUGCUAAGUAUGCCCGUGAAAACAAUGUUCCAUAUCUUGGUAUAUGUCUCGGAAUGCAGAUUGCUGUGGUGGAGUUUGCUCGCCAUGUCAUGAAUCUCUCUGACGCAAACAGCACUGAAUUUGAUCUUAAUACCAAGACCCCAUGUGUUAUUUUUAUGCCUGAGGGUUCCAAAUCACAUAUGGGUGGGACAAUGCGUCUAGGAUCAAGGAGGACAUUUUUCAAGGUCGUGGAUUGCAAGUCUGCUAAAUUGUAUGGCAAUGUCACUUAUGUAGAUGAGAGGCAUCGGCACAGAUAUGAGGUCAACCCUGAUAUGGUUCCAGAGUUUGAAAAUGCUGGACUUCAGUUUGUUGGCAAAGAUGGUACUGGAAGGAGAAUGGAGAUUAUUGAAAUACCCAGUCACCGAUAUUUUGUUGGUGCACAAUUCCAUCCGGAGUUCAAGUCAAGACCUUCAAAACCUUCUCCGCUCUUUGUGGGACUAAUCGCCGCUUCAUCUGGGCAGUUGGAUAGAAUGCUGCAAGACUGUUGCAAUGGCCAUGUGGUUUCACCUAAACAAUCUCUAAGCAAUGGCCCUUACACCUCUACAGUACACCAAAAUGGGCACGCAAAGAAGCUUGCCAAUGGUCUUUCAAAUGGAACAUACUAUGCCAAUGGCAAUGGUGUGCAUGCUUAGUGCAUCAGUAGGUGGCCUGAGGAUUUGCAACUUUUUACUUCAAUUUUGCAGUUCAUGUUGCAUCAGUUUUGUCGUGGCUGGAUCAACUGGCUCAUCAGUUUCGAGGAAGAAAAAGUUCUUGUGCCCGAUGUGGACUGUCUGCAGGGGGUGGUACUCGUUCGGUGGAUCUCUUUGAAGGCACGAGAUAGUGGUUUUUGUGUUCUUCUCUACCAUCUUCUGUAAGCUAAUAGGGCAGAUUUUGGUAAGAAGAGUUUCUAUGCUGUAUAUCUGAAAGAGGCUGAACGUUUUGGUUACUUAAAAUUAAAAUAGAUUUUCAGUGAGCUCUAAAGCUGGUGCUGAAAGUGCUGCAAUGGAAGAGAGAAUUUCGGUGUUAGGCAGUCUGUAUUUGGACACAGUUUUUUGUGCUUUUGCACAAAUAAGUUAAUGCUAGUAUGCCAGCUUAGUAA